AUGAAAGAUAUUUUAUUUAAUGGAAAUCCGCCUAAUAGUAAUGAAGAAACUAAUGCUGAUGAAAAAUAUGAGGACAUACGUUUAAUCAAAACGCAUAUGCAGACAUCGCAAAGAAAAAAGAAUGAAAGCCCUGAAUUGAAUGACGGUGUAGUUAAAUUGUUGGAACAAUAA